GAGCGACAUCCAUCAGACUCUCUGCUGCACUCUCGGAGGUACACUCUUCAGGCUGCACCCCACCGACACUCUGCCGGGCUGUCACACCGAGAUCCAGGCACAUUCUGGUGAUCUCCACGCGGAUUCCCCUCUCCACCAGGACCGAGGGAGAGAUGCGCCGUCUCGGAGGAGGAGGAGGAGAAGAACAGCAGCAGCAGCAGCAGCAGCAGCAGCAGAUACACACACCUGCGAGCAGGAUCUGAGUUUCUGUAACGUCAAAGAAAGGUUUAUUGCGGGCAUCACUAUGACUGAUGGGGAUUAUGACUACCUUAUAAAGCUCCUUGCCCUGGGGGACUCCGGCGUGGGGAAGACGACCUUCUUGUACCGAUACACAGACAACAAGUUCAACCCAAAGUUCAUCACCACAGUCGGCAUCGACUUCAGGGAAAAGAGAGUGGUGUACACAGCGUCCAAUCCCAAUGCGACGACAACAGGGAAAACCUUCAAGGUUCAUCUGCAGCUAUGGGACACAGCUGGACAGGAGAGGUUCCGCAGCCUGACAACGGCGUUCUUCCGGGACGCCAUGGGCUUCCUGCUGAUGUUUGAUCUCACCAGCCAGCAGAGUUUCCUCAACGUCAGAAACUGGAUGAGCCAGCUACAGGCCAACGCGUACUGUGAGAAUCCAGAUAUCGUGUUGAUAGGAAACAAGGCGGACCUGGCCGACCAGCGAGAGGUUCAGGAGAAACAGGCCAAGGAGCUGGCCGAUAAAUACGGGAUCCCGUACUUUGAGACGAGUGCAGCGACUGGGGCGGAGGUGGACAAGGCGGUGAUCACGCUCUUGGACCUAGUCAUGAAGAGGAUGGAGCAGUGUGUCGACAAACCGCCUGCCGAUCCAGCCAAUGGCAACGGAGCCACGAAGCUCACCGCAGAGCAGCCCAACGAGAAGAAAUGUGCAUGCUAGAUGAAGAACGAAACGACCAUUCAGCGCUCUUCUUUCAUCCGUCCGUUCUACUCACCACAUCUGUCCUUCUUUUACCUUCUGCUUCUGUCAUCUUUGCAUGUUUCUACCUCUUUUUCACUUUCUAAAACUAACCUUUAACCACAUUCUGCUUCUCUGUAUUCUUUUAUUCUUCUUUCUCCUCCCAUACUGUUUGGCAAUGACACAACCCCGUCCUCCCCCUAGUGGGCAUUCAAGGAAUUACAGUCUUAGCCCGAGGAAGUGAAAACAGGAGGGGAUCGUUUCAUCGCUGUCAGACGCAUAAUGUGCCUCAUUUCCAGUAAAACAUGCAGCCUGGGAGUUAAGCUCUGCACGCUCCCACCUGCUCUGCUCCCAAGUCGUUUGAAUAAUCUAAAUUGAUCUCUUAAGGCAAAAAAAAAGAGAAGAUGUUUACAACUUCAAUUUGAUGCCACAACAGUACAUUACUUUGUAACAGAGGUAAGAUGUUACCUCCUUAGGCUAUUACUUGAUGACAGCAGGGAAGAGGAGCUUGACAUCAGGUGUGUGUGUGUGUGUGUGUGUGUGUGUAAAUGAAGUCCUCUCCUGAAGCCUUUCCUCCUGGACCAGGGAGAGCAAAUGUUUCCUCCUCCCCAGUUUCAAACUGUUUGAUCAUGCGAUGCUGUACCUGUAUGAGCCAUGUAUGGACAUUUUCCAGUGAUAUGGUUCACGUUUGCUCCUAAAAAUGUAGCUUACACAGUUGGCUACAGUGUCAUGGCAGAGCUCUUAACCCUGUGUUAGAGAGGCUGUUUUUUUUUUACACUAUAGGUCAAAUGACAUGUGAUGACAGCUGAAUCUACAAUGACAUUGCAGAUCAUUUGGGAGUAUAUUGAACUUUAUUUUAGCAUUUUUCACAACUAAACUGUCAUCUUUUUAUCACAUAAAAUACAUACUAAUAGUGUUGCCACUAAACUAAAAAGAACUACCUUGGAAAAAGUGUAGCAAUGAGCUAACCGUCACUUACUUGCUGCUUGCACAUCUGAUGUAGCUAGUUAGCCACAAAUUAGCUAACGUAGGAUAUCAGUGCUCGGUAGUGGUAGCAGUUGCCACAAACUUUAUGCUAAUUCUGACAAAAGCAACCUGCGUGUUUCAGAGUUUAUUUAGUUACUCAUUUGGAAACAUUUAGAGAAAUACAUAGCCCACUUCUUAACAAAAUCGUGCUAUCAAGAUUAGCUUGCUAGCUAGGUUGUUGUGGCUGUUGAGUUGUUGCUUUUAGCUAACUUAGUUUGUCAGUUUCUUACAUGACUGCCAUUUAAUUAAGAAAAUAACUGUCUAAAUACGUUUACAUUACCUUGAUAACCUUUAAUUCUUUGUUCCCAUGAUUAUUAUUUCCCAGCAUUACUUCAAACAGUACGGAACAACAAGUGCUAAAGCUAGCUUGUUGUUAGCAUUUUGAUCCCACUUUUAUUUUGCAGUUUAGUUUACCUUCAGGUUAGUGUCAGACAUGGCUGAUUAUGAUUUGUAUAGUAUACACCAAUCUUAUUGUACAAUGAAUAUGGGUACAGCAUAGCAAAUGGGAAGUGGACAACAAAAAGCCUACAUAUAUGUAUAAUAUUAAUAGGGUGUCCUAGACCAGGAUAGGAUUACUGUUCCAAACUGAUCUACUGCCUUGGCUUUAAAGCUUUGUUUCACUGUGGCGGAGCACACUUUGCAUGAGUUUGAGAUCAUUUAGCAACAAACAUCAGUUGCUCUGGGGAUGCUAUGUCACCAUUAAUUGCUAUCAGUUCAAUGUAAUUAAGAAAAUACUGGUGAAUUUAUGAAUGGUGAGGAUGACUAUGUGUUUGAGAUUAUUAUGGGAGUUGGGUGACAUCAGCUUUCAGGGCAGCUGAUUUUCCAUCUCUUUAUUACAGCAGACAAAGUGAAGUAUUGCUUUAAGGCCCCAUACACGACCAAUCUUGUUGGAAUACAAAGUGACCAAUUAUUUAUAUUAAAAGAAAUGUAAAACAUAGAUUAAUAUUUCCAUUGACAUAUUCGUUGUGAUGUCCUUUCCUUUUUUGUUUUUGUUUAUUCCAAAAUAAUAUAUUCCAUAUUGUUUAUUAUUCAUAUUUGUUAUUCUUUUCAUUUCUAUCACGGUUUUCAAUGUCCCCACAAAUGACGUGACAAAAUGCGUCUCUUAUAUGAAGAAAAUACAGUAUUUUAAACUCUUGAAAUGUACAGUGGAGAUGGUUUUCAUCCCUUGAAGUUACUGUGGACCAACUUUUUGUUGUGGUUUGUGCAUGAUUAACACUAUAUUGUUUACUUUUUUCAUUGCAAUCCCGACCACAGAGCAGUUGCUUUGCAGAAAAACUCAAGAAUUCCCACUCAUAUCGAAGCUAAAUGCCACUGAGUUCAGUUCAAAAAUGCUGCAUGCAAGCCCUUUACAAAGAAAUCCUGUUCAUUUAGACGUCACGAAUCAGCUUUGGGUCCAAGAUGAUUUGUUUUUGUUGGUUUUCCUCAUAUCAUGUUACACCUUGAUCUGCCUUACUUCUUGACCCAAGUUGAGGUGCACCAGAAACAUGGGACACUCUUGCUACCUGCUGCCGGCUCAGUCCUUGUCAUUCAAUGAGCCCAGGGGCACGUUUUAUAGCAGUCCCAACUAAGAAAAGUAUCACAGCAGGACGGUAAAGUGGUUUGAAUUGUACUAAAACCAGGGGCUCUCAAUCGGGUAAUGCUAUGUCAAAUGUAAAUGUGACUUAUUAAUGACAACACACUUCUGUGGUCAUUGUAAACCGUAUCAGUGUUUAAUCUCAGUUUUGUUUCAGUAAUAUCUUUAGUAUCGUGCCUAAUGGAUACAUUAAAAACAAAUCUAAUUAAAGCGUCAUAGCCCCUUUGGCUUCACUUCAUUGUCACCUAUAUUUAAUCUACCAGUGUGCCAAAUUAAAAAGAAAAAGAACCGCCACACACACAGUGUUUGUUUUCUACCUGUGCACUUAGAGAAAAACUGCCUUCACGAGUCGAACAUGUGUUUUUAUUUGGUGCAUUAAUUUCUUUUUAGUUUAAAAAACUACCUGACAACAGCUGAUCUCAGUGCCAUAUAAAAAAAAAUACUAGUUUUUAAAUAAAUUUGCUGUCUUUAAAGACUUGCAUUGUAUUCUCUCUAAGUUACUCAGCAACCUAAUUGAUAUUUCCUAGAGAAUCCAUCUAUAUGUUAGGGUUUCUUGUUCAUGCUGAUCACCUGCUUGUGUUCUUUCUGUUCAAAUCUGUAUAUUAAGUCAUUUAAUCAUAGUAUACAGGUUACAUAUUGUUUUUAACUCUUAUGGAAGCAGCUCUGUGAAGUCCUCUCAAUACAAGUUAGUUUAAAUCAAGUUAGUUUGACAGUCAUUAAGCGAGAUAAGCGGGUGUUAUUACAGGAGAAUCGCAUCCUCUCGACCUUUAAGAAGUCAAUUGAAUAAUUAAUUGUUUGAACACUGACUUUAUGUCACUGUAGAAAAGUUUUAAAGUUAUAUUCAAUUUCCAUUUCAUUGGAGCGUUGAGUUCUUCUGAGGAAUAUACUUCCAGGGUCGCUCUCCUUUUUAGCUCCGUUUUGGUCUCCACCAUCUCUCAAUUGUGCCGUUUAAAUAGCUGCAUAAUUCCCACUAAGGUCAUCUUUUAUUUCAUUACACAGUCCAUUGUUACGUAAAGAAGAUUGGAAAGUGCAUCUUUGAAAUGAUCUUUCACAUAUACUGUGUGUAAAAGGUGUGUACAGAGCAAAUGUGGUAGACUAUUUGACGAGGCACAAUGACAAGUGAAGACGCAGGACGACGUUAAUUCUCUAAGGUGGAAAUAUUUACGGUUAUAGAAAAAUCUGUGUGUGGCUGUUUCUUGAAAACCUAUGAGAGUUAGAGAUCUAUCAAUGUUGUUCAGUGUAUGCUGCAGAACUUCCUCAAGGCAGGAGUUAUUUCAGUCGUGGUUGAUGCCAAAAACAAAAUGUUGCUAAGGUAUGUGGUAUCUAUGCGGGGAAAGGAGUACCUGUUAAGGGAUUAUUGGGUGAGUAUUUGUUCAUCAUAAUUACUUUUGGAUAACGAAACAACACUCCAACGGCCAUAAUCAUACAACUAACACCAGGGGAGAAAGGUUGCCAAGUGCUGAUUAAAUUACAGCCACUCAUCUGGUGUUUAACUUUCAAAGAAUUAUAUUUUAAAAAAACGAUUGCAAAUGUAACGCAAGCUCUUUGUUCAUUUACUUACAAUAUCAAAUGUCUCCAAUCAAACAAAGAAAAGGUCCAAAUUGAAAAGGCAUAAGCAAAGCCAGGUUAAUGGUAGUUGUUCGUACUAUUGAGACCUUGAGUCAACAUAUCUAACGUGUCUAAACCUCUUUUUUUGAGCCAAUGCCUUUUAUCGUGACAAUCCUCUGAACCGUUAUUUUUUAUCCAAGCCGUUCUUCUUCCGUUGCUCAUUUGAUGUUCAUUUUCUCCGUUUUUAUUCAAAAGUUAUGUUUCAUUUCCAUUUCCACUACAGCCAUUCUCAUUGCCUUGCUCACGCAGCAUCUCUUCCGUACGUCUUGAAUGGUUUUGGGAUUCCCUUUUUGAAAGUUUACACUGUUUGAAAAGUCAUGUUGUGCCUGUUAUUAACUCUUCUGUCUGUAACGUUUGUGAGCUACUGAAUAUUUUCAUGCAUUAUGGAUUAUAGAUUACAAAGCAGAGGCAAAAAGAGACCAGAAGUUGUGAUGAUUUUGUGCCCGAUUUCUCAAAAAACAAUGAAUCAAUCCAAGUACCUCCUAAGAGCUUUUAUUUUUGGAAAAAUCCUCUGUGUGAACUCUCUCUGAUGCCUGCGGUUUGUAGACGUUUCUUCAGUUCUCACUGCGUGUAUCGAUGCCUGUGUGUUUGUUGGGUUUGUUGCACCGUCAGCAUGUUUGACAUUAUGAGAAUGAAAUGACCCGUGAUGCGUUUAAUGUUUCUGAUGUCAGAGCUGCAAAUAAAUCUGUUUGUUUUA